AUGAAUAACAACAAUAAUGGUAACAAUAAUAUGGGACAAGUGUCACCUUUAAAGACAGGUUCUUUUGGAUUUCCAAGUCCACAAACACCAACAGUCUCCACACCAAUUCAACACAAUAACUCUGGAAACAACAAUAAUUCAGGAGGGCAAUUAAGCGGUAACAACAACAACAUGCUGCCAAAUGCCAAUGCAACUAGCGCUUCACAACAACAACCUCCAUCUCUGAGAAGCACCAUGAGUGGAUCAAUUUUCUCAUUUUCAUCAGAUCACAUUAUGGAUGAUGAGGAUGGAGAUGUUGGAAUGUUAAUGAGCACAUCUCACAAUGAUCUUUCAUUCAAUUCCUUGUCAUCCUCACCUUACUUGUCUCCUUUUAUUAAUACUCAACAACGUACUUCAACUUCGUCUGUUUCAUCCUCGACUUCUGACAUUUUCCAAACAUCGUCUCCACACAACAAUAGAAAUUUUUCACUAACUAACACAGUUCCACCCAUCAAUAGCUUGUUCCGUGAUAGUAACAGUAGUUUGCAGGAUCCAUUCAAUAACGAUCAAUUUAACAUUUCCAAACAGGAACAAAGAGAGACGAACCAGAGAAUUUUGGAAGCACUUCGAAGCACUCCUCUGAAUCCUGUUGGUACUGGACAAAAUAGUGCAACCAGUUAUGAUCCACUAUUCGACAGUGAUGCCUUUUUGAGAGGAAGAACAAGCUCUGUAAGCUCGACAGACAUUAGAUUAUCAGAUUCAUGCACAACUCCUUUGACACCUACUGAGCAAGGAAGGUCCUCUUUUUCUAAAAUUUCUCACUUUUAG